GGCGAGCCGGCCAGCGCUCCCAGAACCCGAGGGGUCGCGCUGCAGAGGCGGGUAGCAGAUCGAGAGGGGACACCGGGAGCGGAGUUGGACACCCCCGGAGGGAAGAAAUGAGGUAGCGACCGUCCCCGGAGCCGACCAUGCGCGCGCCCCGCCUGUGGAGCCCCGCGCUGCCCCGGCCGAGCCAGCCCGGACGGUGAGCCGGCCGAGCCUGAACCCCCGGCGCCCGGUUGGAGCCAAGAUGCAGUGAGCCAAGACCGGACUGCUGCGCCGGGCCCGCCGCGGCCAGCCGGACCCUCCAUCUGACCGCCGUUGGGGCACGGAACUGAUUCUGGGACCAGCCCCGCGGAGCGGCAGCCUGCCUCCAGCACCCCGUGGGGGUGGGGAGCACUGGCCCCUGGCCUUACUCGCUGCUGAGUUUCCGAGGUGUCUGGCCCCAGCCUUGGGAACUGUGUGUGAGAGGGGGCCCUUUCCACCUUCGCCGAGGAGUUCCUGCUUUAUUCUCGCACCAUCUCGGCUGCUUUUGCUUGGGGUCCCUCUAUUUGCAGGCGCGCAUCUCUCUCUCUCUCUCUCUCUCUCUCUCUCUCUCUCUCUCUCUCUCUCUCUCUCUCUCUCUCUCAUAUUUUCCGUUUUACUCUCUUUCGGUCUUUUUCGCACUUUGCUUGCCUAAGACUGCCUCCGUCUUUGCCCAAGCUAGGGUAAAUCCUGUGUGCGUUUUUCCACACUCGCAACUGAAUAUUUUCUUCCUUUAAAAAAAAAUUCUGCCCCUGAUCCCUGCAGGGUUCUCUAGCACUACACCCUUAUCCCGCCCCCAACCCCUACCACUGGACCACUCCCAGCAGAGUUUUAAUUUUCGGUCUUGCCCGGGGCCGAGCCUGGCCUAGGCGGGUGGCUCAGCUGGGCUCGCACUCAGCGCUCGGCCGCCGCCGCCCAGCUGCGCGGGGGCGCCCUCCGGAGAUGCUGCCGUGGAAGAAACACAAGUUCGAGCUGCUAGCCGAGGCGCCGCCAAGGCAGGCGUCCAAGCCCAAGGGCUACGCGGUGAGCCUGCACUACUCGGCUCUCAGCUCGUUGGCGCGGGCGUGCCCCGAAGGCGCGCUCAGCCGGGUGGGCAGCAUGUUCCGCUCCAAGCGCAAGAAGCUGCACAUCACCAGCGAGGACCCCACUUACACCGUGCUCUACCUGGGCAAUGCCACCACCAUCCAGGCGCGCGGCGACGGCUGCACCGACCUCGCGGUGGGCAAGAUCUGGAGCAAGAGCGAGGCGGGCCGUCAGGGCACCAAGAUGAAGCUGACUGUGAGUGCGCAGGGUAUCCGCAUGGUGCACGCCGAAGAGCGCGCGUUGCGCCGCCCGGGCCACCUCUACCUGCUGCACCGCGUUACCUACUGCGUGGCGGACGCGCGGCUGCCCAAGGUCUUCGCCUGGGUGUACCGGCACGAGCUCAAGCACAAAGCGGUAAUGCUGCGCUGUCACGCGGUGCUGGUGUCCAAGCCCGAGAAGGCGCAGGCCAUGGCCCUGCUGCUCUACCAAACGUCGGCCAACGCACUGGCGGAAUUUAAACGGCUCAAGCGGCGGGACGACGCGCGUCACCAGCAGCAGGAGCUGGUGGGCGCGCACACCAUCCCGCUGGUGCCGCUGCGCAAGCUGCUCCUGCACGGACCUUGCUGCUACAAGCCGCCGGUGGAGCGCAGCCGCAGCGCGCCCAAACUCGGCUCGAUCACUGAGGACCUGGUCGGUGAACAGCAGGAGGAGGAGCUGCAGGAAGAAGAGGAAGAGGAGCACACCGAGAGCUACCUGGAGGAGGAGGAGGAGGAGGAGGAAGAGGAUCGUGCCAGGGAGAAGGAUCCGGCAGAGGAAGAGGCCGAGGCGCAGCGGGCGCUGGUGGUGGCCGCCAUGCACUUCGAAUGUGGGGACUUGCUGGACACGUUGGAGAGUGGCCGGGAGGAGGCGCUGGGGGGUAGUGGGGUCUCGUUGGGACCCGGGGCGGGGCCACCGCCUUUGCUGCUGGGUAGCCCCUCCGACGUGAAGGCCGAGCUGUCGCAGCUUAUUAACGACCUGGGCGAGCUCAGCUUCGGCAACGACGUGCGAAGCCUGCAGGCCGACUUGCGGGUGACGCGCCUGCUGUCUGGUGAGAGCACCGGCAGCGAGAGCUCCAUAGAAGGCGGCGGCCCAGAUGCCACCUCUGCCACCGCCGGGGACCAGUCUGGCCCUACGGACCGCGCCAGCCCCGACGAGCCGCGCUCGGGCUGAGCUCCCCGAAACCUUCUGCGCGCGCCCUGCCGCCCCACCGUGACUCCCCAACAGCCUCCUCGACAGCUCCCUGACCUAGCCCUGACACCGCUUGCGCCCAGGAAAGGGAAAAUGGGACACUUAAGGCCCAGAGUUCCUGCUUCUCUCCCUGAACACAUUUGGCUCUGUUUUAAGUGGAGCUCAGGUUGCCUACGGAGAUGUGGCUGGAUGUGUGGGGAUGGGGUGGGGAAACCCUACCAGGAAGGAGAGAGGCAGCCCCUUGGGGUCCGGGGUGAGGGAAAUGCCCGCUGAAGUUAGCAAAAGUCCUGCAGGCGUCAGGGGCCCGCCGGCCAGCUUCCUGUUUGUGGGGCAGUUGGGGCCCCUGGAGGAGGGGUUAACUUCCUCCCCACCCCUCACCCGGGAGCAGCCUAGCAUUGUCAUUGGCAUAUCGUUGAAAAGAAAAAGGAAUUUACUCUCACAAUGUUUGAGGCUGUUUUUGUGCCGCCUCUUUGCCUCCAGUUUUUUGGUGCAAGAGCUUGGGUUGUUUACCUCAGACUAAGACCCUUGAAAUUCUGCCAAAUUCCUCAAAUAUUUGUUUGGGGAGGGGGAGGGGGGAAGAGAGGAAAAGGAAAGAAAGUUGCAUUUUGUUUACAGUUAAAGACAUCUAAUAUCUAAAAAAGGAGUUUUCCUUUAGAAACACACACACCUUCAUCCUGCUCAAAAGAUCUCACUCCAUGAUACUGUGUAAAAUAUUUUUGCACUGUUGUGAAGUAUUUUUGACAUCUUUUUUUGUACAUAACUGUUCUCAGAGCUGGAUGUUUAUAUCUUUUGCUGUGCAAAAGGGACAUGUAAAAUGUUGUUCAGUUGUAUAUACAGAAAUGUGUAUAAAACAUUUUGUUAUUUUUGAAGAGUAGCACUGCUCUGGUUCUGUUUGCCCGCCAGUGGGAAGAGAAUAAAGAGGAAAAUUGAACAGAACAGGUGAGCUUCUGGAACUGCUGCGGAGAAUGCUUGGGAGGAGGGGGGAGGAGAGGGUGUGUCCAUCAACAGGAUGGUGUGGUCAGACAGUGUUUGGCCUCUGCCUUGCUUGAAGGUGAAUAGGGGAGGGAAACCCACUUUAUAGGAAGACUGGGGCCCCUCUGGCCCUUUGCCACUCUGGGUACUGUGGCUGGGGACAGCCUUCUCAAGUAUAUUCCAUCUUCUUCAUUAAUUCACUUCUGUGAGUGUGGGUUUCCUCUGGUCUCUGAGUUCUGUUCCUCACUCAGACCUGCGAGGUUAUUUAGGGAGGAGUGACUUUCGACAUCUUGUGAGGUUUUACGAGGUUCGUGCUCACGAUCAAGUGUAAGAAUACGAUGUAAUCUUUUCCUUUACAAGCAGCUCAGGGAGUUUUAAAGAUGAACUAGAGACCCAAAGAAGGAGAUUUCUGAGAAGUGGGAGAACCUUUUUUUUUUUCCCCUGGGAGGAAAAGCAAGGAAUGGUGUGGAGGUCAAGGCAGUGAAGAGCUGUUAGAGUUUGGUGUGUGUGUAUGUCUUAGGGCUUUCAUGCUUUCUGUUUGUUUCUGUUGUAAAUUCCAAACAGAUGUCUCUAAUUUGGCUACACCCCGGUCAGCUAGAAGUUGUAAUAAGAUGCUGCCAAAGCUGUGCCUUCUGCAAAUUGUUUUUUCCCUUUGCCCCUUUGGGCCCCUUUGGUAUUGCAGAAAUGGAUUGCACUCCUGGCUUUCCCUGGUGUCCUGAGGCCCCGUUGCUUUAUUUUCAUCAAAAACAUGUUGUGAGCAACUAGACCCAGAGAUUUUAAGGAGUCUAGGAUUCACUGGAGCCAUAGAGGAAUGGAGGAUGAAAGAUUUUUCUUUCUAAUUAAUGGGAGUGGUUCAGGCAUAAGACUAUCUUUAGAAAAGCAAAGCAAAACAAAGGGUGGGUGGGAAAUAAUAGUAAAGUAUUCAGAGUCAUUUCUUUUUUUAAAAAAUAUAUUUUAUUGAUUUUUUUACAGAGAGGAAAGGAGAGGGAUAGAGAGUUAGAAACACUGAUGAGAGAGAAACAUCUAUCAGCUGCCUCCUGCACGCUCCCUACUGGGGAUGUGCCCGCAACCAAGGUACAUGCCCUUGACUGGAAUCGAACCUGGGACCCUUGAGUCCGCAGGCCGACACUCUGUCCACCGAGCCAAACCGGCUAGGGCCAGAGUCAUUUCUUAUGGGCAUUAAGACAAGGUCCAGGCCUUCGAACCUAUCACCAUGUUUUGGUUUGGUUGAGAGUCCCUGUCCCUCUCCUUGAAUACCUCAGAUACGCAUCAUUGAAUGACAUUUUAAAACCCUCAGCUAGAGAGAGGUCAGGAAAGUCAAAUCCCACCCUACCUAGGCACCCGCAUCGUGUGCCCUCCACUCUGUUCUCACCUGACCAGCAGACAGCUGUGUGGGCCUUCACUCUCUUGCAUGACUAGAUUUCACAUUUCCAAUGAUCUCCACACGUUGCCAAGUUCCUUUGCUGUUUAAAAUUGAUGAGAACGUUAAAGAGGGUGGGGAUCAUAUAAGAGGGUGGGGAUCAUAUGGAUAAUACUUGGAGGUGGGGCAGGGUCUGCAUGUCUUCAUUCUUAACCGAUUUAUGUGUCCAGUGAGAAUGCUAAGGUUGGCUUUCAUCUGUGACCGAUGGGGGUAUGGUGAUUGGUCAAAAGUUCAGACAAAUGACAUUUAAACCAACACCAUCAAUAAAUAUAAGGCAACUGUCUGGU